AUGUUGUUCAAGGGCUUGACACUUGCCGCCCUGGCUGGCGCAGCGAUUGCCCAAGAGGCCACACCUGAUCUGGUGACGCUGUUGAGCAACCAGACCGAGCUCUCGAACCUCACCAGCUACCUACAACUGUUCCCUGACUUCACUGGGCAGUUGGGCGGCCUCCAGAACAUCACCCUCCUAGCGCCGAACAAUGCUGCGUUUGCCAACUUGUUGAACUCGUCCGCGGGAGCAGCGCUCACCAACGGCGACCAGGACAUGAUCACCGCUUUGUUUUCCUACCAUGUUAUCAAUGGCACUUAUGCCAAUCUCAGCGAGGCGGCAUUUGUACCAACCCUCCUUCAGCCACCUCAAUUCACCAACGUGACGGGUGGACAAGUUGUCAGCAUUUUUGAGAGUGACGAUGUGACCACCUUCGUCUCUGGCCUGCUCAGCACCGCCAACUUGACCGGAGAGCCACUGAAUUUCACCGGCGGGGUUGUCCACAUCGUCGACAAUGUCUUGUUGAUUCCUCAGAACGUUUCCGAGACGGCUACUCAACUCAACCUCACCGCUGCUGCCGGUGCUCUCACCAACGCCAGUUUAGUCGACUCUGUUGAUUAUCUUGAGGAUGUCACUAUCUUCGUCCCCAACAACGAGGCUUUUGCUGCCAUCGGAUCUGCCCUGCCCAAUUUGACCAUGGAGCAGCUGACUGCGAUCCUGACUUACCACGUUAUCAACGGCACAGUUGCGUAUAGCAAUAUGCUCGAGAACGGAACAUCGUACCCCACCCUCCAGGGUAACAACGUGACUGUGACCAUAGAAGAUAACGGCGAUGUCUUCGUCAACAGUGCCAAGGUCGUGAUCCCCGAUGUCCUUGUAGCCAACGGUGUGGUUCACGUUAUCGACAACGUUCUCAACCCCGAGAACUCAACUGCCACUGCGCCUGCAGAUGACUCCGAGUCGGGCACACCUGCAUUCGAGGGCGCUAGCUCUGCCAGUGACGUCCCAUUCACCAGCGGUGCCCGACAACCUACCAGCACCAUUGCAACUGAGAAUGCCCCACAAGCAACAUCCUCUAGCAGUUCUGGUCUUGCUGCUCCUUUGCAAACCGGUGCCAUGGGUGCUGCCGCUUUGUUCGGCGGUGCAGCAAUCUUCAUCAACAACAUGUAG